CGCCCCCCGCCCGCGUCCCCGCCAUGGAGGUGCUGCGGCGCUCCUCGGUCUUCGCCGCCGAGAUCAUGGAUGCCUUUGACCGCUCGCCCACAGACAAGGAGCUGGUGGCCCAGGCCAAGGCGCUCGGUCGUGAGUUCGUGCACGCGCGGCUGCUGCGCGCUGGCCUUUCCUGGAGCGCGCCCGAGCGCGCCGCGCCGGUCCCCGGCGGCCGCCUGGCUGAGGUGUGCGCCGUGCUGCUGCGCCUGGCAGACGAGCUGGAGCUGAUCCGGCCCAGCGUCUACCGCAACGUGGCCCGCCAGCUGAACCUCUCGCUGCAGUCGGAGACCGUGGUGACCGACGCCUUCCUGGCUGUGGCGACCCAGAUCUUCUCUGCAGGCAUCACGUGGGGCAAAGUCGUGUCCCUGUAUUCGGUGGCUGCGGGGCUGGCCGUGGACUGUGUGCGGCAGGCCCAGCCCGCCCUGGUGCACGCCCUCGUCGACUGUCUCGGGGAGUUUGUGCGGAAGACGCUGGCAACCUGGCUGAGGAGGCGUGGCGGAUGGACAGACGUGCUCAAGUGUGUGGUCAGCACCGACCCGGGCCUCCGCUCCCACUGGCUGGUGGCCGCGCUCUGCAGCUUUGGUCGCUUCCUGAAGGCUGCCUUCUUCAUGCUGUUGCCGGAGAGAUGAGAUGCUGGCUUGGGCAGGGGCCCAGGGGGCCCUCCGCCCCACCCCAGCCGGGAAGACCCUCGGAGCCGCCCCCGAGUGGACAGUGGAGGCCCUGUCCUGAGCCCCUCCUGCAGAACCCAGGCCCUCUGGACGGAGGUGUGAGGGUCUCCCCCGGGCCUGAGCUGGGCUUCAGUGCCGACCCUUGCGCCCAGCUCCCCCCGGAAGCCCUGCCCACCGCCUUCUUCCUGGGCCAGAAGGCCACGCCGCGUCCUGGCCCUGAAGCAGGAAGUGGGAGCCACGUCCAUGUCGGGACCGUGUCAGGACCGGAGCUGGCCUUGGUCCUCAGGGAGGGGCCGUGGACGUUCAGCCUGGAGGCGCCUCUGGCUUGGCCGAAGCUGGAGGCGCCGUGGGGCUGGCUGACCCUGCACACCGAGUGUGAGUCCGCUGUGAUGGCUCCUGAUCCACUUCUGGGGGUCAGAUGUGUGCCCCACGCGUGUGUCGGGGUCCCCGUGUGGCAGGGAGCCGUGGGCGCGCGAGCCCGUGGAUGAGGACGACGGUGUGUGUCUGACCCCAGUAAAGUGUGGUGGCCGUG